UUCGCCACGUCGAGAUACAAGAGCUCCUUCUUCGAUUUUAUUUUCCAUUUUUUUUUUAACACUAUUGGCUGCUGCCUUUCGUCGCGUUCACGCGUAAUUCCAAACAAAAUAUGAGAUCCUAAACGAACCAAGGAAAAACAAUUCAAUCGAAAAAGAAGCAGUGAAAAAGCGUGAAAAAUCGCCGGAAGAAAAGCAAACAAAACAGAGUGAUAUAUAUACUUUUUUUUUGCUGUUCAGUUAGUGGUGCAAAUUAAAAAAAGGCCUCGCAAUGCCUCUGUAUUCGGAUUCGACCAACUACUAUUACAGUGGCGGCAGCAGUCAGCUGUAUUCGCCAUACUAUAGCUCCGGUUUGGGCCUAAAUCUGGGCUCCGGCUCCAGUUAUACCUCCAGCUACAAUCGCUCCUAUCCGGCCAGCUAUAUGGUACCGCUGGGUCCCUCCUCACCACGAUCGCCCAUCAGUUAUACCGGCAGCAGUUCCACUUCCUCCUCGGUGUCAAGGUAUCAACCAAAACUCACAACAAUCACCGAGAGUGGGCGGCACAGUGGUCACAGCAGUCUGAUGCCUUUGACCAGGAUACAAUCGCCCAAAUACAGUAGCUCCUCGGUGUCAAGUCCCAGUUAUGGCUCCUCGGGAACCACAAGUCGUUAUAUACCACCGCGUCCCAUUGCCAUCAAUACGGCGGAUAUAGAUGUGAGCUCUUCCAGAUAUCGCAGGGGAGUGUCCUCAGCCAGGACAUUGGAAAAAGAGCAGAAAGAAAAGGAAGAGAAUAAGGAGAAACCUUCACAGACCAAAGAAGAAACCAAAGAGGAGAAUACAACCACCAAACAGGAGCAAGAGGCCACUCCAUUGGAUAAUCAAGAUCCGGCCAGAACCGAAACCCGUCCCAAUCGUCGUUCGACCAUCAAAAGAAACCGUGCCGUCGUCCGACUCUCCACAAUUCGCAGACGCAGCAAGGAACGGCCCAAGGAGCAGGUACUGCAGCAGGCACAAGAGGAUCAUCAGUUUAGGGAUCUACCGCCGGCCACCGAGCCCAGUCUCAGUUGGCGUCAGAAAUUGGCCGAGGAACUGGCCGCCUUUCCCGUCACCAGCAACAAAAAGUCACCAGGAGAGCUGCUCCGCGAGAGAUUCUACAUCCGAGAUGAGAAGGAAGAACAGCCACAGCCCAUACUUAGACAGAACCUAAAGAGGAGUCAAACUCCAGAGGUGACGGAGACUAAAACCAAACUGGACAAGGAUGAACAGGAGGACUCGGACUCCACCUCUGUCUCCGCCUCGGAGAAGCAGGAAAAUCUCGAGGAAAUUGAAAAGACCAUAAGACGCCUCAGUUUGGUGCAGUGUCCCACGUUCCAUGACAUUUGCGAGGAUAUUUCCUCCGAUAAAAUCGACGAUGAUCUAAAUGCUGGUGAACUGCGCCGUCGAGCCUCUAUUAUCCAAGAACAGGAACAGGAGAUCCUUAAUAAGUUGCAAAAGUCCAGCUCCGGCACCUUCCAGUUGAUCCAUCUGGAGCGCCGGUCCAGUCAUGAUAGCACCACCACGGCGGAUGAGGCGGUGGCCAGCGGUGAGAGAGCCAAGCGACGCUCCAAGAAGAGUAAGAAGUUGCGCCACAAGAUCACCGCCAUUGUGGAGGUAGAGAAUGCCCCUCAGGUGACGCCACAAAUCGAUCAUAUGCCCAGUGUCCUGGAACUUAAUGAGGACUCCUCGAACCUGCAGUCCCUGACCGCUGUCAGCUCCGGUUCCGGUUCGAGUUCCACACCAAGUCCCAGUCCUAAGCCCAAGUUCACGGUGAAUGUGGAGACGGUGGAGGAGCACCAUCAGAUACACAAGGUAUUCAAGUUGCCCAAGAAAAAGAUAGAAGUGCAAGAGAAGACUGUCCUUCCCGAGGGUUUCAUGCGGGCAGCUCCCAAAACUACCAAGACAUCGCCUCUAAAGAAGGUCAACACCAAAGCUGCCCAACCACCGGAGCAACAUGUGAGUGUGGCACAAAUUUUCACCUUCGAUGAGGCAGCCAUACAGGAGCAGCAGCAAAAGCAACAACAACAACAACAACAACAGGAGCAGCAUCAGCCCAAGCCAACCGAAGCCAAGGUCGAGGGUGGUGUAGCCACGCCCAAGCCCAUUCGCAAGGCCAUUCAGAAAUCCGAAAGUGGUGAAGACUUUUGGUCGCAAAUCGGUUCACGGGAAACUCUCUACAUGACCAAUCGGAAAAAGGCCAAUACCGAGCGACAGGAGCGACUCCUCGAAGAAGAAAUGCAACCGACUUCACCAACUACACCCAAGGAAACAAAGACAGAAUCAAAGACACCAACAACACCGAAACUCAAGUCGGAACUACUCAUAGAACUCAAGACAGCGACAACUCCAACGGAGAUAAAGAGCGCAACAGCUACAACCGGAAAAGAUGCAUCAAAAACUACACCAACACCCACCUCAGAUACACCAAAACUAAAAACAACAAUUGCCACAUCGCCCAAGAAAAAAGCAACUGCAACGGAGGCGGCUAAAACCAAACCAACAAUUGCUUUAGCUAAGAAAGUUUCACCAAAAUCAACAACAGUUGAAGCGAAGUCUACAACGCCCUCAAAAGAUUCUCCUACAACUAAAGUGACGACACCAAUGACACCAAAAAUAAUUGUGGAAACACCACCCCUAAAAGUGGAAACACCAACAAAAAUUUCACCUACAAAACCAGAAACACCAAAAUCAAAAAUGGAAACACCACCAAUAAAAACAGAAACACCAACCAUUGUUGCCACAACGACCUUGCAGGAAAAACCCAAAGCUCCAUCAACAACAACAGAAAUUAAAGUAGAGACAGCUGCAAAAAUUUCCCCAACAACAAAGGAGGAGAAGUCAACAGCUGCAAAAAUUGCAACAACAGCAACCGGUGAGGAAAAGUCAACAACGUCACAGAUUAAAACUGAGCCGCCAACAAAAGUUUCUCCAACCAAAUUAGAAAUCAAAACUGCAACACCACCAACAUCACAGGCUAAACCUGCAACACCGCCAACACCACAGGCUAAACCUGCAACACCACAAGCUAAAGCUGCAACACCACAGACUAAAGCUGCAACACCACCAACAGCACAGGCUAAAGUUGCAACAGCUAAAACAAUAUCUGGCAACGCUGCUGCAACACCAACAGCAGCGACCAAAUCAAAACUGAACGAAACAGCAGGGCCAAAAAUAAAUAACGGGCAAAUGGCCAAGUCACCUGAACAACAACAGGCAACGGCGGCCGCCGCUGCUGUCUCGGUCUCAACCGAAACGAAAAUAAAUAAAACAACGCAUAAGGAACAACAGCAGCAGCAGCAGCAGCAGCAGCAGCAGCAACACGACACGGCAGCAACAUUGGCAGGGCAAACGGAAACCAAAACGAAAUUGACGGAAGCCGCCAAGUCAAAGGUGCAAUCACCGAAACCGAUAAAGCCAAAAAGUGCCGGUAAAAAGAAGGCAGUGGCUGUGGCAGCGGCAACAACUCAGCCCGAUACUGAGAGCAAUGUGACCCCAAUCAAUGCCGAUCAAUUUAUAACGCUGGCCCCCAGCAAGCAGGCAUUGCAAGUGCAACAGCAACAGCAACAGCAGCAGCAGCAGCAACAGGCCACAAAUGCGUCAUCGCCGGCGGCAGCAGCAGCAGCAGCAGCAACAGCAACAUCGGCAACAUGCAAUGCGACAACUGCAACGCCUACAACUUCUGCAACUUCUGCUCUCAAUGUGGUGGCUCCCAGUCUAGGUGUUGCUCCCAGUCUAGGUGCUAGUCCUCCCGCUCUUGAUGAUGUUACCGCUCCCGUUCCCGCUCUUGAUGUUGUUGCUCACGACCACGACCACGACGACAACGACAACAGCUGCGGCGAAGGCGUCGCCGACAGCGUCGGCAAUAAUUUAUCAAAGUUUGCAACAGUAUCGAAUUUGGCACAGUAUCUGCGAGACGUUGAUGCCGUUCUAGAGGACUACGUACCCUCGUCGGCCGAGAGCAGCGACGAUAGCUACGGAGACGUCAGUUCGCCAGAUUAUUCCAGCAUAGACGGUUCUAUCCACCUGACGGCCAGCAUGAAGAAGAAACAGCGCAAGGAGAAGAAAAAGCAAAAGGCGAAAGCCGCCGCAGCCGCGGAAGCCAAGCGUUUUGAUCCCCAAAAGAAGAUCAAGAUCGAUACCACCAACAAGUGCUAUGUGAAGGAGGAGGCGCCACGGUAUCCAUUGGUGGCCACACCGCGUCCCCUGUGGAAGCGCGAGAAGAUCGUCUAUUCCGAUGAGAAUACGGACGAUGAGAGUGGCUCCGAGGAGGGAUCGGGUGGCUCACUGGACGAGGACAGCGACGAUGAGAGCGAGGAGUGCAGUGAAUCCUCGGCGAGCAGUGCCAGUUCGGUGGAUUCCAAGGCAAAUGCUGGCAAGGAUUCCACUGAUGGCGGUACCGGUGCCAUCACCUUGAGCGUUACCUCCGCUGGUGCUACCGGUGGUGGUGGUGUUGGAGCCUCUGGAACUGCUGCCGGUUCCGGUUCGGGAUCACCAUCCAUCAUAAGGAUGAGCACAUGCAGCAACGAUUCCGGCUUUGAGGGCGGCACAGCGCCCUCCAGUCCCAAGAAGAUGUUAGAAACUUCAUAUACAUAUUCACAAUUCCAAAAAUCCGGACGUUUCACUGCGCCAGCAACAGUAAUACCUAGAUUUAAGAAUUAUUCGGUAGAUGAUUUCCACUUUCUCGCCGUUCUCGGCAAGGGAAGUUUCGGCAAGGUUCUGUUGGCCGAGCUGCGUGAUACCACGUACUAUUAUGCCAUCAAGUGCCUCAAAAAGGAUGUCGUACUGGAGGACGAUGAUGUGGACUCGACGCUGAUUGAACGCAAGGUCCUGGCCCUGGGCACAAAACAUCCCUAUCUGUGUCAUCUGUUUUGCACCUUCCAAACGGAGAGCCACCUGUUCUUUGUGAUGGAGUAUCUAAAUGGCGGUGAUCUCAUGUUCCACAUCCAGGAGAGCGGACGCUUCUCCGAGGAGCGGGCCAGAUUCUAUGGCGCCGAGAUUAUAUCGGGCCUCAAGUUCCUGCACAAAAAGGGCAUUAUCUAUAGGGAUCUCAAGCUGGAUAAUGUCCUUUUGGAUUACGAGGGACAUGUUCGUAUUGCCGAUUUUGGCAUGUGCAAAUUGCAAAUCUAUUUGGACAAGACGGCCGAUAGCUUUUGCGGCACACCUGAUUAUAUGGCGCCCGAAAUCAUUAAGGGUGAAAAGUACAAUCAAAAUGUGGAUUGGUGGUCGUUUGGUGUGCUGCUCUAUGAAAUGCUAAUCGGACAGUCGCCAUUUAGUGGCUGCGAUGAGGAUGAGCUUUUCUGGUCGAUUUGCAAUGAAAUUCCAUGGUUCCCAGUUUAUAUAUCAGCCGAGGCAACCGGCAUACUCCGUGGGUUGCUGGAAAAGGACUAUACGAAGCGCAUUGGUUCGCAGUACAGUCCCGCUGGCGAUAUAGCGGAUCACAUAUUUUUCCGACCCAUCGAUUGGGGUCUGCUGGAAAAGCGUCAAAUUGAGCCGCCCUUCAAGCCACAAGUGAAACAUCCUUUGGAUACGCAAUAUUUCGAUCGUGUUUUCACCAGGGAACGAGUCCGUCUCACCCCCAUCGAUAAGGAGAUCCUGGCCUCCAUGGAUCAGAAGCAGUUCCAUGGUUUCACCUACACAAAUCCGCACAUUACUUUGGACUAAAGAAACAAACAGAAAGCUAAAUAUCAAUAUCUCCUAAUUAAUUCUAUAAUUUUUAGAGCAACAGUAUUUGUAUAUGUAAAUAUUCAUACUUAACCAGAGAUUAACAAAACAAACAAAAAAGAAACCCUUUUGAAAGGAAAUCGUAUCGAAGUUAUAGAAAAUCUGUAGUUAAGCCCUCAGAAAUUCAGAGCAUAAUUCUAGUCUUAAUCUUAAGUUGAUACUCUCUAAUUGUACAGAUAUCUCUCCUCAUAUUUAUCUAUAUAUACAUAUAUAUAUAUAUACCUAUAUGAGUCCAUUUUUUUUUCAACUUUUUUUUUGUUCUUAAAUUUAGUUGGUAAGCCAAAAGUCUAUGGGAAAUAAAUAAUAAUAAA